GCGGUGGGCGGGGCAAACGCGGCGCUUCCCGGCGGCAAAAGUGCGGCGGGCGCCGAACUUCGGCCAAACUUUCCCCGCUUCGCCGCCAGCCCGGUCCCGGUCCCGGUUCCCUGCCCGCCAUGCCCCGCCGCGGCUGACACCGCCGCCAUGUACUCCCCGUACUGCCUCACCCAGGAUGAGUUCCACCCCUUCAUCGAGGCACUGCUGCCCCACGUCCGGGCCUUCUCCUACACCUGGUUUAACCUGCAGGCCCGCAAGCGCAAGUACUUCAAGAAGCACGAGAAGCGGAUGUCAAAGGAGGAGGAGCGCGCUGUCAAGGACGAGCUGCUGGGCGAGAAGCCCGAGGUCAAGCAGAAGUGGGCCUCGCGCCUCCUGGCCAAGCUGCGCAAGGACAUCCGGCCCGAGUGCCGUGAGGACUUCGUGCUCUCCGUCACUGGCAAGAAGGCGCCGUGCUGUGUCCUCUCCAACCCCGACCAAAAGGGGAAGAUCCGCCGCAUCGACUGCUUGCGGCAGGCCGACAAGGUGUGGCGGCUCGACCUGGUGAUGGUCAUCCUCUUCAAGGGCGUCCCGCUGGAGAGCACCGACGGCGAGCGCCUGGCUAAGGCGCCGCAGUGCGCCAGCCCCGGGCUCUGUGUGCAGCCCCACCACAUCGGCGUCACCAUCAAGGAGCUUGAUCUCUAUCUGGCCUUCUUUGUGCAGGCGCCUGACUCCGGACAAUCCGAUAGCUCCAACCCCCAGGGCGAUGCAGACAUCAAACCUCUGCCAAACGGGCACCUGAGCUUCCAGGACUGCUUCGUGACAUCGGGUGUCUGGAACGUGACAGAGCUGGUGAGGGUGUCCCAGACCCCUGUGGCUACGGCGUCAGGCCCCAACUUCUCGCUGGCUGACCUGGAGAGCCCGGGGGGCUACUACAACAUCAGCCCCGUCACCCUCGGCCGCCGGCCUCUGGGGCCCCCCACUGCCAGCGGCCCAAAGCGUCCCAAGGCGCUGGACGAGGGGGACCUGGAGGGCCCUGGGGAUGACGUCUUCUACCCUGGGCCAGGGCGGUCCCCAGCCCCUGGCAGCAGCCAGGGGCCCUGGGGGGGGGAUGUGGACACCGGCCCAGCCACGCUGAAGAAGUCAGGAAAGUUGGAUUUCUGCAGUGCGCUGUCAGGGCACGGUGCCAGCCCCCGCAUGGCCUUCGGCCACCACCCACUGCCUGUCCUGGCCGGCGUCCGCCCCGGACUCGCUCAAGGACUUCGUGCAGUUCGUCUGCGCCGACGGUGCCGCACAGGGCCCCCAGCAUUCACAGCGCCCGGCACCGCCACUGCCCCCCGCUUUGUCGGCCUCGGACCCCGCGACAGCAACUUUCUGAGCCUGCCCCAGCAGCAGGUACGGAACCCCCCGGGACUUCCCCCAGUACAGACCGCCUCAGAACCUUCUGGAGCCCCCAGGACCUUCUGAAACCUCCCAUGAGGCCUCAGGGACCCCUGGGGCCCUUUGAAACCGCCUCCCAGAAUCUCUCUAAUUCCCUCAGGAACCUCACCAGGACCUCUCAGCCCCCACUCAGGACCUUUCUAGUCCCUCCUUCAGGAGUUCCCCAGGCUGCCUCUGAGGACUGCCCCUGCCUCAGUCCUUGCUAAUUGGGGUCCUUAAUGAGGUGUAGGCCUUCAUCCCCAUCACAUAGGCCCUGGUCUGUUGCCAUGGGCAACAAACCAUGACGUCACUGCCGGCCUAGGGAACAAUGGGGGGCGUGGCCUGGUGUCGCCCUAGCAGCACCCCACCCUCACACUGCGGGGGCCCCCCUUAGUGGGGUGCCCCAUUGGCCCCCGGACACCCGUGGCACGACGCCCGAUUGGCUGCCUGCCCCGUGGUGCUGGCGGCUGAUUGGCUGGCAGCAGAGGAGGUGAUAGCGCCGGCUCCGAGCCAAUGGGAAGGGGGGCUGUGGGAGGGCGGCACCUGAUUGGCUGGCAGCUGGCGGCACUUGGCAGGCUUUGGGCGCUGCGGCGGGAUGGCGUGUGGUGAUUGGCCGAGCGUGAUGGUGCGGUGGUGGAGCAGCCAAUGGGAGGUGGUGGCGGUGGGCGGGGUUUGGAGUGGGCACGUGGGGGAUGUGUGGGGUGGG